CAUGACAAUCCUAAGGUCAUGUGAUUUAACAAAAUGGCGGCUGUGUUGCCGAAGUUGGAACAACUUUCCCAGCGCGUUAUUCGCAUUCUGGGCUGUAAUCCAGGAGGAGCACGUCUACAGGGAACUAACACAUAUCUCGUGGGAACUGGUCCCAAAAAAAUCUUGAUUGAUACGGGAGAUGCUGAUGUGCCUGAGUACAUCACUCUUCUGAAGUCAACACUGUCGGAUUAUGCAGCAUCCAUACAGGAAAUUGUGGUCACUCACUUUCACCCAGACCAUGUGGGUGGUGUCAAGGACAUUUGCAAGGAUGUAAUUCAGUCUGAUGAGAUUCCCAGGGUGUCUAAGAUUAAGCGGGUGUCUUGUCCAGAUGCUGACCUGGGGCACAUCCCUUACAACUUCAUCAGUGAUAAACAUAUCUUCAAGACAGAUGGAGCCACUCUUAGGGCAAUAUACAAUCCAGGGCACACUGAUGAUCAUAUGAUCCUACUGCUAGAGGAAGAAAAUGCAGUGUUCUCUGGGGACAGCAUUUUGGGAGGAACAACAACAACAAUCUCGGAUCUGAGUCAGUACAUGAAGUCUCUGCACGACAUCCUUGACCUCGCACCAAGCACCAUCUACCCAGGGCACGGCUACGUAAUCACCGAACCCAUGGACCUCGUACGUUACUACAUUCAACAUCGCCAACAGAGAGAGGAUCAGAUUCUGGGGUAUCUGGGGACACAAGCCCAGCUUGGCACUAGCAUCAUGGCCAUUGUCAAGGCAAUUUAUGUUGACACUCCUGAGAAUCUCCACAUGGCAGCUGCAGGAAACGUGCUCCAGCAGCUAAAGAAACUCAAGGAUGAUAACAAAGUUGAAUGUACGGAUGAGGAGAAAAUGGUAUGGAGGAUAAAACAGAAAGAAACCAAAUUAUGACAACAAUGAUUGAUGACUAUAACAUGUUUAAUGAGAUGUACGUCCUCAAUCAAAACUACAAAAUAUCAGAUUCCUGACGGAGUGAUCACUGGAUAUCCGGUGCCUCUGCCUGUAUGAUCAUGAACCAAGUGGACUUGUGAAGACAUAUGCUACAGCCAGUAUAUAAUAUUGUUUCUUGACAUGAUGUUGAAAUGAGCAAUGUGAUACUGUACCUCAUAAACAGAUGAGAUUUCGGUCUUUAUUGUUGACAGUAGCAACUGUACCUGACCUGGCAUGAUCUCUAACCCAAAUUACAAUCAUAUUUUAAUACUAUGCAGAGUAUUUUCAAUGCAAAGCAGAUAUUGUGGCUGUAAUGGACUUCAGCCUAUCAUGGCUGUCAUGUUCACAGAUCAGAAGACUGAUUGCUGAGGUGUGAAGAGAGAUGAAACCACAGGUGGGCUGGAGGCCUGUGCCCCUUAGCCAUGCCAGAUCUGCUAAGCUUUGGCUAGAAUUACAGAUCUGACCAAAAUUAUUGUCCUUGCUCUGUGAGCUAAUAUCUACUCUGAAUUUUCACUAAUAAUCAGCUAACCAGCUGUGAUAUAACUGAAAUGCUCUCUCUUCAAGGACAAUAUUGGAAUAGCCAAUGCUUGGCAAUGUAACAUUUAGUGUUCAGUUACUGGUUAACAUAUUCAAUUACUGGUUUCAUUACUAGACAAAAUGGGGACUAAUCGGCAACUAUGUUACUAUUGUAGCCAGUGAGGCAAGUAGAUUGUUUGUAGUAGAUUGUUAGUGUUUUAUGUUUGCAGGAAAUAUCCAGACAUCAAAUGUCAAUCAAAGUAUCAAUGUGUUCUUUUUCGAUGAAUAAAAUUGUCAGAUUAUUA